AUACAGUGCUCGGCUUGGUUCGUUAAGCCUUGUACUUCAACAAUAGACACAUCUGCUCAUCGUUUUCUAUCAAAGGCAACGGUACCGCAAACUAGUGUCCCUUCGUUUGGUUUAAACUGUCACAUUCUAAGCAAACAGGCGUUAGGAGUGAGGUGGGGGUCAUCCAGGAGGGGGGCUGCAAUACUAAUGAACAAGUGCCAGUGAACUUCAGAGGCGACCAUGAAUCCAAUCAAUGACAUGUUUUGGUUGUUUGCGUGUGCCAAGGGGUUAAAAAGUAUUUGAAGGGGGCGGCGGAGGACUGGAAAUGAACCCGGAAGUUGAUUGGACCUUAAUUGCGUGAUUUAAAGUGGAUUGAAAAUGAAAGGCUGUUAUAAUGGCGACUAUUUAAAAAAAAACAAAUCUUCCAAAUGAGAGAGGACGAAUUAACUUUAAAUUAUGUGUUCAAUUACUUAUUUUCCUUUCAAAUAUCCCCGACAAUAAUUGAAACUGCGUCCAAACCAAAAUGCUACCUAUCUUCCUUAAAUAAGGCGUGUGACGUCACGCUAGGGGCGCGCCUCUGCUGGAGAGAGAGAGCGAGAGAGGGAGCUGCGUCGUGCGCAUGUGCAUGGGCUGCGGUGGUGGACCCAGACAAACACCGAGAGAGAGAGAUGGCGCGGCACCCGACCGGAGCGCAAGGACAGCUGGCUGGUGGUGGGGGGGCUUUAUACAAAGGAAGGAAAUAAUACAAGAAAUUUUAAAAGAUAUAUAUCGAUCUAUCAAUGACGAAAACGUGGAUUUAGACGCCGGAACCGAUGUAGUGUGAGUUUUCAAACGAUAAGAAAAAGAUCAAAACAACUUUGAGGACUUUCGGGGCGGGGGGGCGCAAGCUAAGCAGGUCACAUAGAUGAUUGGUCCACAGAACCGCCUGGACCAUGAAUGCCCAGCUGUCGAUGGAAAAUAUAGGCGACCUGCACGGCCAUGACUCCGUGAGCAGCCACGGGGAGCUGCUGAGCGGCCAGAGUCCGCACUCUCGUCCGAGCCCGCGGGGGCUGAGCCACCGCGCCAUGGGCAUGGCGACACUCUUGGACGGCGGAGACUAUCAUCACCACCACCCGGGACACCUCCACCCGGCCAUCAGCAUGUGUGAAGCCCCCGGCAUGAGCGCGAGCAGCACCUACACAACCCUGACCCCGCUGCAGCCUUUGCCCCCUAUCUCCACCGUGUCCGACAAGUUUCCCCCGCCCCAUCAUCACCACCACCACCACGCGCACCCGCAUCCCCAUCACCCGCAUCCGCACCAGAGAAUCCCGGGCAACGUCAGCGGCAGCUUCACGCUCAUGCGGGAGGACCGCAGCCUGGCUCCAAUGAACACUCUCUACCCCGCCUACCACCACAAGGACCCCUGCAUGGGCCAGAGUCUCUCCCCGCUGUCCGGCUCCGGUCUGGCGGGCAUCCAUACGAGCCAAGCCGGUCUGCCGCCUUAUGCCCACCCUGGCGCCGCCAUGCCGGGGGAGAAGAUGCUGACGCCCAGCGGCUUCGAGGCGCACCAUCCAGCCAUGCUUGGCCGUCACCCGGAACAGCACAUGAGCUCCACGGCGGGGAUGGUGCAGCUGAACGGCCUGCACCACCAUCCGCACGCCCACCUCGGAGCGCAGGGCCACGGCCAGGCACUGGGAGGCGGCCGGGAGCAGGCCUCGGCGCUCGGCCAGCAAGGAGCCAUCAACGGCGGUGGAGGAGGAGGCGGCGGCGGCGGCGGACAGAUGGAGGAGGUGAAUACCAAAGAGGUGGCGCAGAGAAUCACCACGGAGCUCAAGCGCUACAGCAUCCCCCAAGCCAUCUUUGCCCAGCGGGUUCUGUGCCGGUCCCAAGGGACCCUGUCCGACCUGCUGAGGAACCCCAAACCGUGGUCUAAGCUCAAGUCCGGCAGGGAGACCUUCCGCCGCAUGUGGAAGUGGCUGCAGGAGCCUGAGUUCCAGCGCAUGAGUGCGCUCAGGCUCGCAGGUGAGCGAAGCCUCGCGUGCAAGCGCAAGGAACAGGACCACGGCCGCAGCGAGCGGGGCAACCCGGCGGCCAAGAAGCCCCGCCUGGUGUUCACGGACGUGCAGCGGCGAACCCUCCACGCCAUCUUCAAGGAGAACAAGCGUCCGUCCAAAGAGCUGCAGAUAACCAUCGCGCAGCAGCUGGGCCUGGAGCUGGCGACGGUCAGCAACUUCUUCAUGAACGCGCGCCGCCGCAGCCUGGACAAGUGGGUCGACGACGGCUCCGGCCACCCGCCCGGCAUCGGCCUCAGCGCCUGCACCAAAGCCUGAAGAAGGAGCGGGAAGGCACUUUUGGCCCUUACUCAUGGACUCGACUCGGUGGAAAAGCUUUAAAACUUAAAAGAACCUUACAAAAGACCUCCCGUUUUUGCCCUUAAAUCUGUACUAUAUUAAUAUUUAUAGUAUCCAAAGAUGAGAAAAAAACAAACCAAAGACGACUUCUUUCUUGUUUGACCUGCUUUGACAUGUUUGUGUUACUGCAAAAAGACUACCACACCCCCCAUCCCUUUUUUUCCUGUACUCACUUACCCGCACCGGUCUCUAGCUUUACGACAACCCCCUUCCCGCUGUCACGAUCUGACUCCCAAAAUGGAGGUUCUAAUCAGUCUGCUCUACGGAGCUCCAGUGGGAUUUGGCCAAUCAGCGUUCAAAGAAACGUAAAUCUCACAGGAGCGACUGGAUUGUUGCUUUUUGUUUUGUUUCAUCCCGGCUCUCUUUUCUUGAAUCUGUGGACAAUUUCAGGGGCGGGCAGCCCAUCCCAUAGCGUAGACUGCUAGCCCAAAAUUCCCACCCCGGAUCGCGAUGUAGUGCUUUCCUUCCGACAUGCUGAAACAUCGUUUUUAAACAAGAGAAACCAAAGCCUCACUUGUGCACACACUACACUUCAAACGCUAGCAGUGCUAUUGACCAAAGAUGAUAGUUUGUAGUUGCAACAUUCCUAGUCAUGCAUCCUUACAUGUUCUGUGCUCUCUGUUCAGGGUUAUGGCAGAUGCUGAUUUAGGGCUAAAGUCAGCUAUGUGAACCACUACAUUAUCCAUAUUGUUAAGUCACCUGUUUGUCCAUUUUCUUUUGAGGUUUAUUAUGUACGGGGUUCUGCUGUGUGAUGUUAUGUUGCAAUAUUUCUAACCACUUAUCCGUCCAUUUUUUUACCAUAUUCAUAGUCAUGGUAGAAACAUAAGAUUGUCUAGUUUAUUUGUAUGGGGGGGGAUUCCAUGACAGUCAACUAGGUAAACUGUUACAGUAAUGCCUGUGCAACAUUUGUAAUCUUUCCAUUUUAUUUUUUAUUUUUGUUAGCAUCAUGUUAGAAGCUGUUGUUAAUCGCAGCAGUCAUAUUCAAAUCAUCUUUAUACUAUUAAUGGUGCAACAUUCUGAGUGUCCCUUCAUUCAUCCAUCCAUCCAUUUUCUGGAGAGUUUACCCUGUUUGGGGUCUUAUUGGGUAUUAUAUUGGUACCAGAGUUCACUAUGUGAACCACUACAUUGUCCAUGUUGCAAUAUUCUUAGUCUAUCCAUUUAUUUAUUUUUUUGCAUUAAUUCUGUUCAGGGUCAAGACAGGAACAGGAGCUGAUCCCAGCUCACAUUUAACCAAAGAGAAAAAUGUAUGUGAACUAGCAGUGACUUUACACCCGUAAUCAUUUUUGACUAAUUUAACAUGACAGGAGCGUCAAGCUUUUUGCCUUACAGAUGCCUUUUUAAUCAGUUGUAUCUUCGCCGCGAGCGGCGUGAAUGUUACUGUUAACGCUCGCUGCGAAGGCCAAUCAAAGCGUGUUGUCACUGUGAGCCAAAUUUAGUGUUUUGCUUUUAUUUAUCGUAUUGAUUUGUGUGUCCAUCAAAGGCGUCAGGUGGAGAAGAUCAAUGGUCCAAUCACCUUCCUUUCCCUUCCCCCAACAAUCCAAAGCCUGGAAAGCUAUGCAUUUCAGCACAAGGAGGAAAGCACUACACAGGGGGAAGAAGCGUAGCCUGUUUGAUAAAUAAGCCAGCCGGGCCCCUUGUCAUCUUGCACCUCCUCUUUUUCCUCAAGGCCAUGGUUAGCAGCUCUACAUUUAUCAGAAGGAGCAGAGGGGGGGGGGGAGGGGGAGAUAGAGACGCUUCCUCAACACCCACCAAAACAACGUGUCACCUGCUGAUGUUUUCUAGUGUGAAACCAAAGAUGCUACCUCACUCAAGUUCCAUAUGUGAUUUCUAUCACUUUGAUGAUACCAAAGAUAACCAAAGAUGUUGUUGUUGCUUUUUUUUUCAAUGCACGGCCUCUGUGAGUGGUGAUAAAAAUAUUAUUGUACAACCCCCCGCCCCCUCCCCACACACACACACACACCCUAUCCUUGCCUAAUGCGCUCCUGCUCUCGAUUCCAGCUUUACAGAUAGUCACACUCAUGUAGUCAAAAAUAUUAUCGUUAUACAACAAAAGCAUUUAUUUUUCAAAUUUUGUGACCGGGAAAAAAAAAAAAUUGCUUGCUUUUUUGUAAAGAUGAGUAGAUUAUGCUGAUGGACCUAAAGACAUAUUUCACAUAUGCAGUGGUUAACCAAAAUUUAAAGAGGAAAUUAGGUAAAAAAUUGUAUUUACGUGUUCUAUGCGCCCCCACUCGUCUAAACACGGAAUGUGUCGGAAUGAGGCCGAAGGAUCCAUGUGUAGCUUACAAACGUCACAUGACCAAAUCAAGAAAACGUGAGGCGUGAUCGAAAGGUCGUUACCUGAGCCCUUCGGCACUGUAAAAUCUGAAUAUCGUGUUUAGACUAGUGGGGGCGUAUUAUUGCAAAGAAAAUAUUGGGUUGAUUUCCCCUUUAAAUCUCCAAAUUUGGCACAGAACAUGUUAAAGCUGUCAAGAAAAUUAGUAAACGUGGUUCUUUGCUAGUAGCCAUACACAGUGGAACCUCUAAGUCAAACCAAACUCUUUAAAAUAAGUCACGUCAAAAGUUGUCUUGUCCUUUUUUUAAUCCAUUAUCGGAACCGUUUCCAUUCAUUACGUUCAUUCUUUGAGGUUGUUUGCCACAUUUUUAGAGCAAUAGUUCUUAAACCUUUUGGACCAACCACCAGCUAACAGAAUGCUUAGCUCUGAAUGUUCAUUUGAUUCCUAAAAACUCUUUAAUAUUGCUGUAAUCCCAUUGUAACAUUCGGUUUGAAUUUUGAUACUGUUCUUGAAUAUAGGUAAAUUUGAAAACUAUUUUCCCCACAGAUUUACUUGAAAUGUACUAGCCUGCACAGAAAGGUUCAAUACCAUUUAAAGAUUAAAUGUAAAUGAACUUGAAAGUUAAAUACAACUGAAUUGUACUUCGAUGUUUGUGUACCACUAGAGGGAGCCUGUGUACCACUUGGUAUACUCAUGCAACACUGGCAGAAUCAGUUUUUGUUUUGCGCUAAAUGUUACUCCAAUUCCAACUUUCAUAUUUAGAGGUUCCACUGAGCGUCCUCCUAACGUCUGCCUCCUGGUUGCUGUUUGCUUCAGCAGACCCACAUCAACCCCAUCGCAAUCCCCCUCCUUCACAUUCCCAGGACGAGUGCCUUGCUUGAACCAAAGUGUUGAACCGCUCUUGACCUCGUUUCUCUCCUUUGACUUACCUCAAGCCUGUCGAAGGGCCGCCACUCCCCAAGGAAACCCCGCCCCCUGUUUUUUCUUUUGUUUCAAAUCACACUAUGGUGCUUUUUUAUCGCCAACGCAUGCAAUGAAAACAUACCAAAGCGACUCUCCCCAAAAUCUCCCUUCCUCUAUCUCUCACCUUUUCUCUCUCUCACCCUGGCCGUGCAUGUUAUUUCCACUAUGUCUCUGAAUACCUCAUGGUGACAAU